AUGUCCACCCACUCGUCCGAGACGCUCCCACCCGAUGUCGAGAAGACCAAUGACGUCAAGAAGCAGCGCGCGAACGACACCCAGCCGCCUACACCCCCCGAGACUCAUGAGGACGAAGAAGGCGUCCCCCCAUCUACGAUCGCUCCCUAUACCCUCUCAGACGACAAGUAUAGAGUUGUUCUAACCCCCGAUGAAGAUCCAAAGGCAUUCUCGGCCCUCAGGAAGUGGACCAUCGUUCUCGUGAUCAGUUCCGCGGCCCUGUGCGCGACCUUCGCCUCCUCAGCUGCAUCGUUCACAGAGGAGGGUCUCGCUCGGGAUCUACACACUGUCCAUGAAGUGACCAUCCUGAGCAUCAGUCUAUACGUCGAGGGUCUAGGCCUAGGGCCUCUCCUCGUUGGACCUCUUUCGGAAGUGUACGGACGAAACAUCGUCUAUCUGGUGUCCUAUUUUCUCUUCUGGGUGCUGACAUUCCCAACAACCUUCCCCCCUGAUAUCGCCACCUUCCUCGUCUUCCGUUUCAUCACUGGCUUCUGCAGUUCUGCGUUUCUCAGUGUUGCCGGCGGCAGCGUCAGUGACCUAUUUGUAAGCCAGAAGGUCGCCAAUCCCAUGGCCGUAUAUACCAUAUCCCCUUUCCUCGGACCCGUCGUAGGUCCCCUCAUCUCAGGGUUUAUCUGUCAACAUGUCGACUGGCGCUGGACUUAUCGUGUUCUGCUCAUUUGGCAGUUCGUUACAAUCCUGCUCCUUGUCUUUCUCGUACCCGAAACAUACGAGCCUGUGCUCUUGAAGAAAAAGGCCGCGAAGCUACGCAAAGAGACAGGAGAUGAAAAAUACUGGGCCCCGCUUGACAGGCGAGAGGGUAGCCUUGCCCAUGCCAUUAUGGUCAGCUGCUAUACGCCGUUCAAGCUGCUUUUUUACGAUCGCAUGGCAUUGUUCCUCGACACGUGGAACGCGUUGAUCCUGGGUAUUUUAUAUCUUGCCUUCCAGGCCUUCCCGAUCAUAUUCGAGAACGGCCACGGAUUCAGCAUGCAAGACACCGGCAUGUCGUUCCUUGGUAUCGGAAUUGGCAUGGUCGCAGCACUUGCAUCGCAGCCAUUAUGGAAUCGGUUCCAUCAUUACGAGGCACGGAAGUACAACGGAGAACCACCCCCGGAGACGCGGCUCGUGAUGGGUCAGGUCGGGGGUGUGCUCGCACCUGUAGGCCUCUUCUGGCUUGCUUUCACCACUUACCCUGCGGUACCGUGGAUUGUGCCCAUCAUCGCGUCGGUGCCAUUCGGCGCGGGCGUGUACUUCAUCUUCACAUCGACGUUCACGUACCUUGUGGUGGCGUAUCGCCCGAUUGCGGCGUCGGCGAUGGCGAGCAACAGCGCGCUACGGUCGACGUUUGCGGCGGUGUUCCCGCUGUUUGCAGGCCAGAUGUACGAUCGCCUUGGGACGGUGGGCGCGACGGCGCUGCUUGCGGGGCUAACCACGCUCAUGACGCCGCUUCCAUUCAUCUACUAUAAAAUUGGUGCACGGUUGAGGGAGAAGUCGCGCUUUGCGGUCAAGUCAUGACUACCCAGACAUCAGCAUCGUUUACUGAAAUGUGCUACUGACGAUACAUACGUUCUUGUGCGUUCGUCCCUGUAUUAGACCAGUUUCAUGUCCAUACCAGCUACGCAUCUUUUAGAACAUACAGACCUUAUAUUACAUGUAGUAUUGUACGGUACCGCAGGAAUAAUACAGAAAUCUUACACACUUU